AGUAUAUAAACGCUAAUGGCGAUCAUUGCUCGUGUAGUGAGGUUUCCAUUGACAAGUGACACCAGGACAAACCAAGAAUUCAAAAUGCGCUCUUUGCUCAUCACGGUUUUGUGCCUUUCCAUGGCCGUCUGCAUACUAGCCAACGAUUAUAUACUUGGCGAACGCAAAACGGGCGACUACUCCGUCAGGGACAAUCUCAUCAUUAAGCCUCCGCUCGAUUGGAUGGCCUUUAAAGCCACAAUCGGAAUCACGUGCCCGACUAACGAAAUCAUCACCUACGUUAAGAUUACCAAUAGAAGUGACAAGAAAGUUAACUUCCAACGGCUCUCAGGUGAUAUUGGCAUAAGAACCUUAGUAGUGAUGGCAAAGGCAAACAAGGGCGAGGGAUUAUCAUUAAGAGUAGAAGGUUAUUGCAUAAAUCCAAACACAAUACCUUAGAGGCACCAACAACAACGGAAUGAACAACGUGGAAGUAGACAACGGCACGGUGAGCUAUGACAUGGCAGAGUACGAUGUCAAUUACACCCAAUGAAAAAGAGCAGUAAAGAAAGAAUAAACAACGCAUUCAGUGGUAACAACAACACUGGUGAUAAGGACGACAAAAUCUGGCUUGACAAGGACAAUGGCAGAGCAGAGAAAGGAGCACUUCUUUAGAGAGAUUAUUAAUUUUUUAUUAAUUUGGACUUAAGACUGCUGUACACAUAUUUUAAUUUAAAUUCUAAAUAUGUAACGAUUGCCAUGUAUACGUGACUAAAUAUAUAGAAAAAAAAUAAGACGCAUCAUACGAAACGUCUUGUUAAUCAAUUGUACAAUUAUCACGGUAGGAAUGUGAGUAGAAAAAUUUCCAAAAAAACUAGUCGCUACCGCUAGAAACUGGCCAGUUUUUACUAAUUAGGAUUUAGUACA